GAAACCGAUGGACUGAACAACAGUCCCGAAGGGAAUUUUUGCAGCUCGCCCCUUAACUCCUCCCCCUCCUCGUCUUGUGUACACUUUCUGCACAAAACCGUCUCGCCUGAAGUGGAAACAUUUCCAACACAAGGAGCUGCCUGAAAAUAAACACGGCUCUGCAGUUCAGCAUGGGGAGCAGCAGCAGUUCGGUAACCGCUCAGAGACUGGGCUUGGUUCUGGGUUCUGUCCUCUUGCUGCAGUGUGUCUGCAUGACCGUGACUUUCCUAUACUUUUCCAGCGAGUUAAAACAGAUUCAGGAGACAUUCUCAAAAAACAACAUGGCCUGCCUGAUGGACAACAUUGUCGAUCUUCAGGCUGAUGCCUUGGCAAAUGAAGAAUUCGCCGACUAUCCUCGUAGAGAGAAAAUGGGACGCGAUGAGGAGCUAUGCUGGCGGUUCCGAGCUCAAAUCUAUCAGUUGGUGGAAAAGACUGUAUCCAAACGAUAUGAUCAGGACAUGUCUGUAAUUGUAAAAGGUGAAGUGUCUCGUCUGAUUCCAUAUCUGAGUCAACUGCAAUCAGGCACACAGCCAACUGUCCAAAAAAUCGCAGCUCAUCUGACUGGAAAUCAUCGGGGCAAGUCAACUCCUCUGGGAGACUCAGUGUCAAGACGACUUCAGGGGCAGAAAAUACAGAUGUGGGAGCCACGGAGAGGACCGGCAUUUCUGCACAGCGUGGAAUACAAAAACGGAGAGCUGAUUAUCCUGCAGACCGGACUGUAUUAUAUCUAUGCUCAGACCUACUUUCGAUAUCGCGAAAUCACAGGAGCGGGAGACUCCCAUCCAGGUGCCUUGCUGUCAGUUUCUGGGAACACUCAGAUGGUCCAGUAUAUUUACAAAAAUACAGCCUACCCUGACCCUAUCCUGUUAAUGAAAAAUACCAGGACAACAUGCUGGGCUAAGAACAGGGAAUACGAAUUACAUUCCAUUUACCAGGGUGGCCUGUUUGAACUCAGAUACCUUGAUCGAAUAUUUGUGACUGUCAGCAACAUCAGCUGGAUUGACAUGGCUGAUGGAUCCAGCUUCUUUGGAGCGUUCUUUGUCAGUUAUACACUCGGGGAAGGAGGAACAUAAAAGACAAAAAGACUUUGAAUGCCAUUGGGCUCAUUUGACUCUUGAUCUUGGUCAUGACAGAUGUCACAGUAGACUGUCUGGGGAUCAGCUUAGCUUUGCAUGUUGUCCAUCCCAGUUUGCAGACACAUGUCAUAACUGUGCUUUCAAAGUGGCCACUCAGUCCUUCAGGAGCUGAGGACAAUAACAUCCAGCUGAGAGUAGUUGUGGGCGACUGGAUUGUGGUGUCAGUCCCCAUUCCUCCCUGGGGUCUGGGCUCAUGUCCAACUGUUGCAUCUGGCUGUGGAAAUCCAGUGGUCACUGAGGUUCAGCAGCCAAGACCCGGAGCUCAAAGUGGACAUUGAGGCCACCACAGUAAAGUCCCCUUCCUUUGGCGCGGCAUUGGCUAUCUCCUUUGGAACUAUGGCAAAGAUAUGGUGACAGGCAAUGGAACGUGUAAAGUUAUGGGUCUGAGCAGAGCAGAGGAAGCUUUACACUGCAUCUGACCUGUGCCAUACCUCACCUGGGAGUGCCCAGUGUCAUCGCCAAGAUGCCAGUGUAAACGGAUCUGUUCCCCAACACAAACACUUGUUAAUGUAGCAAAUGGGUCAUUUCAUGAGCUUGUGAGCCAUGGGUGUUCUCAUGUGCACAUGAAGUGACCCCUGACCUUCCCUAACAGGAACACCUUGCUCCCAUGCUCUUUAACAUGAAAGUGCGAGCAGAUUUCUGAAUCCUUACAGCCCAGCACGAGUUCACAAAAAGUGAUGGACUCAAAUCGGGAGUGCUCCGAAAGAAUUUGCUUUAAACAACAGCCUGAGUGAGAUUGAGAACAUUAGAAGUGAAGGGGAUGCCAUUAUCCCUGACUUUGCUAACUGCUGUUUUCCGAUUGCCCAGGCAUGUGACUGGUUAAAGUUGCAGUCUUGAGUGUGUCAGGGUUGUGUUAAAAAAAAGUGUGAGGGGCCUUUUGGAUUCAGCGUGCACAUUCAACUAAUGAGCAAGCACAGGGAGUGAGAAAACAGUGUGCAACUCUCCAGUGUGUAGAUAAUAAGAAAUAUCCCGAGUGAAAUGAUUUAUGUAUGUACAGGAAACUUUAUUUUUUUACAUUCUCACCUAUGUCUUUCAAUGAUUGUCAAAUAUGUUUGGUGCUGUUGGGAUAAACAAUGCAAGGAGUUCAGGCAAAGAGAAAAUUCGUGAGACAAAGCCAUUAAACAUCCCAUCUGUUCAGCUUGACAGUUGAAAAUUUAGAGGGCUCUGCUAAAGUGUGUAACCAUCCCUCCCCAUUAAUCAAUUUCCCUAACCAUAUCAGGAAAUUCCAUCGGAAACAGGGAAGGCAAGUUCCAGCUUUUUUUCACAGCCACAAACAAUUCAAAAUAAAAAUUAGGACAGAGGGUCCCGAAGGGGCACCUAAACAAAAAUGGAAGCGCCAAAGGAAAUGUAGACAGCUACAUCAAAAGUUUGCACCAAGGAGUGUCGAUUGAGUCUGAAUGUAAGGGUGUGGGAGAGAUUUUGAUAACUUCCCAUCUGCUGGAGAUAUUCAACUUGGCUUUUAUCUACACCCUUUAAGGGAGUCAGUGUCCAGGAAGUAACAAUUGAUUGGUUUUGACUGUUGCAAUGAUUGAGGAAGGAGUCACUUUGACCCUCUCUGGGAGUGUCGGAAUCAGGAACACUUCCUGCUUCACUCCCCAUCUUGUGUUUCUGCAUUUCGUUCUUGCCUUGUGUCUGUGCCUCACUAUCUCCCACACCAGCCCUGCCAGAACACUCAAUGCUCCUCAUACCCUGGGGUAAGCACACUUGCAACCAGAGCUCAUUAAGGCUUCGUGGGAAGUGUCUCGUAAAUAGUGCUGCUUGAAUACUGUCUCAUGGAUGUUGACAUAAUCUCUUAUGUAAAUGGUAAUAAUCUAUAAGUCACAUGUGAAUGUUUCAAAUACACAUAUGAUUAAAGUUCUGUUUUAUCUUUA